AUGGCAGGAAAAGAGUGCCUUAAUGAGGAGGGGCUGACUGCGGGGCUCCCUCUCAUUACAAGAAUAAAGAAACAGAUAAGCACGGACCCGACUCUGUGCGCGGGCUAUGCGCCAUCCCUGGGCCUGACCGAAUUUAACCGAAGAGCAACGGAACUGGCGCUGGGCAGGAACAGUCCGGCCAUUGUGGAGAACAGGGUGCUGGGUAUUCAGACUGUUGGCAGCACUGGGGCUGUGCGUCUGGGGGCUGAACUACUAGUACACUGGUACGAUAUCCGCUCUGCCUGGUGUGGCCCUGUCUAUCUGCCCACCCCCUGUGAUGAUUCGCUGGCUGGUGUUUUUGAGGCGGCGGGAAUCCAAGCGGUUCGGCGAUACCGCUACUGGGAUCCAGUGCAGCGGGGUGUGAGUGUACAGCAGCUACUGGAGGAUUUGGGCAGUGCUCCAGAGCAAAGUGUUGUCGUGCUCUUUGCCUCUGCUCACUGCCCCACCGGAGCUCACCUGUCACAGGAGCAAUGGACGCUCGUCGCAGAGCUGAUGGUGAGUCGCAGGCUGUUCCCCUUCUUCCUGCUGCCUGCUCAAGGCCUGUGUCAUGGAGACGUGGAGCUGGAUGCCUGGUCUGUUCGUCACUGUGCGUCUGUGGGCCUGGAGCUACUUUGUGCCCAGUCUUUCUCUCACAACUUUGGAUUGUACGAGGACCGGGUCGGGCACCUUCUGUGCGUCUUGAGGCAGAGCUCCGCCCUGCUGGCCGUCCAGUCCCAGGCUGGUCGGCUGGUCCGCUCCCUGUGGUCUCGUCCCUCAGUGGGUGGGGCACGCGUGGUGGCCACAGUGCUCAGCAACCCUGCUCACCUCAUCGAAUGGCAGGAGGGAGUGAGACGUGUGGUGGAGAGGGGGAUGCUGAUCAGGGAGAGACUGCGAGAGAAACUCAGACUGUUGGGAUCUCCCGGCUGCUGGGAUCAUGUGACCCAGCAGGGGGGCCUGUACUGCUGUACGGGGCUGAACGCCCGACAAGUAGAGUUCCUGGUCAAGAGACGCCAUCUGUACCUCCCAUCAAACGGCUGCCUGAACGUGAGUGCCAUCAACAGCCGUAACCUUGACUACGUAGCAGAGUCCAUUCACCUGGCACUGACCUCUCCCCUCUGACCCCAGAGCCAGACGUGUACGACCAUGUCACAAUAUCUAGAUAGACCUAUCAUGUUUGAGUGAUUAGAAUGUUUAUAAUACUCGGUAGCGGUGAUGCAGUAUGGACCAUGUGACGUCUUUCUUUACAUAAAUAUGAUCAUAUAUUACAAUGUCUUGGCAAGAAAGUGAUGACUGCUCUCUUUGUUAAGUUCAAGUACGGUUUUAUGGGAGUCUUGAAUAGGUGAUGAAUCAUGGUGGAUCAUUAUUAUGUGACCUAUAGAAGUUGAGGAUGUAAUGUCUGUAACCUGUCAUUGCUGGGUUUAUAAACGGGAAUGAUCAUGUCACUGUUAUCACUGUCAUGUUCGAAUCACAUCCUCAAUAACACUGCCUAGUUUUUAAAUGUAAACAUGCCUUUGGUUAUUGCAUCAUGAGGUAA